CGUAACUUCCGGCAGCCGCUCAGACGCAUGGCGGUGAGCUGCGCGGCGAGCCGCUGGUUGCGGGCCUGAGGCCUCCGGCGGUCUCUGGUGACCUUCAUGCUGUUUUCAUUUCCGCAGGCUCUGGAACGUCCUCUUCCGGAGGCGCCGGCAGCCCCACUCCCGGUUAGUGCCCGCGCACGCCGCAGAUCCCGGCGUCCCGGCCGGGUCCCCGGAGCCCCGAACCCUUCCUCUCUCUCUCUGUGCUCAGAGCAACUCGAGUGCACUGACGUCGCCUCCAGAGCGCACCCCGUAGGCAGUGAAAGCGACGCAGUUUCGAGAAAACAGAGGAAGAAAGCCCAGAACAGGGCCUCGGUGUCAAAUAGAGGCGAGAAGGCUCCGGAGAGGCCAGCCCCCGAGGAAGCCCCAUUGAGCGCCGAGGCCCAGGCAGAGCAGCUGGCCCGGGAAUUGGAGUGGUGCGUGGAGCAGUUGGAGCUUGGCCUCAAGAUGCAGAGACCCACUCCCAAACAGAAAGAGCAGGCUGUUGGAGCGAUCCGAACCUUGCGCAGUCAAAGAACCCCCCUGCCCCGGAAGAGGCAGCUAAUGUACUCCUUGUUUGGGAACUACAGGGCUCAGAUGGAAGCUGAGUGGCAAGAGGCACUUCGAACUCUCCGGGCAGCUGCUCAUUCAGCCCGGAUGCAGCCUGUAGGUGAAUCUGCCAGGAAGAAGAGCCGAAGGGUCUGCAGGCCGCGUCCAGGAGGGCGAGCCAAGGCCAACCUUGGUACUCCUGAUGAAGAGUUUAGGUUCAAUUUCUUUUAGCCUCUUUCCCAUCUUGAAACAGUUUAUUUUGAACAGGGUUUAUUUUAAGGUCAGGACCUUUCCAGCAAUUCCCUGUCAAUGUACGUGGGAUUGCACUGUCUGUGGUUCUGUGAUCUGUGGCAGUUGGGCAGAUCUGAGACUGUCUGAUGAGCACAAGACCCCAUUUGUAGGUUUUGUAAUAAAAUCUCCCAUCUGCCAGAAGAGGCAGAGGUACAUUUAUAAAAAUCUACAAUAAGCUGAUGUGUGUUGUAUGAAGAAUAUAGUACUCAUAUACCUGGAUUUAAAUAGCUGUUGGUGAUGAGACUUGUGGGAAAGCUAAGUAAUUGUACACUGGACUCACGUUUGAAAGGAUGCUUGUCCAGUGUUUUAUGCAUUUUAAUGUAUUAUUGUUAUAAAAAUGAAUAAUGCAUGAAAGAAUGUGCUGUCUAUUUAAUAAUAAAUACAAAUAGGAGUCGGGCA